GGGGGGGGCCUCGGUGACAUUGGGGCUCGGCGACUGAAGGAGGGGGCAGCGCUGCGGAGCCUGCACGGAGCGAGAUCUUCGCCUGCUCUCGCCGCCACCAAUCCGCCACCACCAGCCCGGCGCCAUGGUGCUGGGCACUAUCCUCACCCACGCGAAGAAGCACCCGGCCUUGAUCCCUCUGUUUGUGAUCAUUGGAUCUGGAGGUGUUGGCGCAGGCCUGUAUCUGAUGCGUUUGGCCAUGUUCAACCCUGAUGUCAGCUGGGACAAGAAAAAUAACCCAGAACCUUGGAACAAAAUGUCUCCCAGUGACCAAUACAAGUUUGUCUCCAUUAAUAUGGACUACAGUAGACUCAAAAAGGAUCGUCCUGACUUCUAAAAACACACUCAUGUCCAUAAGCUGCACAGAAAGGUCUUCCAUAAGCCAUCCGCACAAGUGUCAUGCUUGAUCAUCCA